UGUGUGCAGUAGCAACUUUAAUAAACUGGGUAGCUUACAGAAUCUUGGGUUUUUUAUUUUGAAAAUCUCUUCCCAUGGGUAAUAUUUGAUACAUAAAGGUGUUCAAUGAUAGUGAUCUGUUGCUACAUAAUCAUGGCAUCAUUGUUUGAGUUGGUAUGCCAAAAAAGAAUGGAAAAGAGUCAUUCUGAUGGUGCAUAUGUAUUCACAUGUGGAUCUAAAUAUACCCUGCCGAUAUCUGAUACUUUCACUUGUCACCGGUGUGUAUAGAUCAAUUUUUUUGCUCAUGUCUUUAAGUCUACCAAAGUGAAUUUUCACAGUUUUCGACUGGAUGGCUUCUCAGGAAUACCUGUGUAGAGUUUUGCGCCCUCCAUGUGCUCUGCGGCAUCGACCUAUAUUUGUUUUACCUGUCUCAGUGAUUCUCCAUUUUCUCUGGAUCUCUUUCUUAAUUCACUACUUGAAUUCCAAGCAGAAGCGAUAUCAAUUGGGAGCUGACCACCAUGCAUGCUAAAGGAGAGCAGCCAAACAGAUGUCACGAGGACGAGAAACAUACAAGGUCGAUCUUGACCGUCCAGUUAGAUCCGACGAUCCAGGUUGAUAAACGGACUACUCUGGAUUACUUGCCCUAAUCAUGCCUCCUCUUUGCAAGAGAGAGUUGCGUCCGACCCGAUAGCUCAUCGGAUCGGGUUUAAUUAGUUUAUUUGUUGGGUUCCGUGGCUACCCGAUAAGGCCAUUUCCGAAUCAAAACAAUUAGAUACGUUUCGAAUGAAUCAAACCACCACUUCCGCCGCACCACACCGUGAUGCGUCGAGACGUUGAUGCGCUCCUCUCCUCCCAGUAUUUCAUCGAACACCUUCGACCACAUCGACAGGUGCAUCCCCAUACGAUGGUGGAGUGCUCUCCCCUCUCCCCUUACCAACUCCCAAGCACCGGUGCUACCGGCGAAGGCCCUCCCUUCGGCUGCACGCAGCUCUCAACUGCGCUCCAUUGUGGCCUUCAUCCAGUCCGCCUCCGCCGUCGGCCACCUGUCCGAGGCCUUCGCUGCCUUCUCCGACCUCCGCCUCCGCUCCCCGGACGUGGCCCUUCUUCUGCGCCCUCUGUCGUCCCUCCUCUCGUGCUGCACCUCCCGCAGCGCCAUUCCAGAGGGCCGGCAGCUCCACGCGCUCGUCCUCGCCCUCGGCUUCCAGGACCACGCCUUCCUGCUUCCCAAGCUCACCUCCUUCUACGCCGCAGGCGGUCUCCUCUCCGACGCCACCUCUUUAGCCGAAAGUUCGAGCAAUAACCGUUCUUUGGCUUGGAACUUCCUCGUAUCUGCGCAUGCCCGCUGCCGGCGUUGGAAAGGUGCGAUUUUUUCCUACAAGCAAAUGGUUGAGAGGGGCGUCAGGGUGGGCAAGCAUGCCUACUCGUCCGUUCUCCGCGCUUGCGGCGAGAUGGGUGACCUGGGCUUAGGAAGGGAGAUUCAUGUUUGCAUGGAUGCUGCUGGGAUAGAAUUGGAUUUGUGCGCUUGGAACUCUUUAGUGGCCAUGUAUGUGAAGUGCGGUGCACUGGACGCCGCGAGGAGCCUGUUUGAUGGAAUGCCUGAGAGAGAUGUUAUUACUUGGAACUCGAUGAUCUCGGCAUAUGCUUCGGUAGGAAGGUGGGAGGAGGCGUUUGAGUUGCUACAGUCGAUGCUUGAGGGCCCAGGAGUGAACACCGUAACUUGGAAUGCUAUUGUUUCAGGGAAUUUGCAGUUGGGUAACCAUUGGGAAGUGCUAAGGUUGAUCUCCCGGAUGAGAAUCAGUGGUUCAGCUGUGGAUCAUGUGACAUUGGUCAUUGGACUAAAGGCAUGUUCUAAAGUUGAGUCUGUGAGGAUUGGAAAGGAGAUUCAUGGAGUGGCAAUUCGAAUUCACUGCGACGGGAUUGAAAAUAUUGUGAAUACUUUGAUCACAAUGUACUCCAGGUGCAAGCACACAAGCUAUGCAUACAUUCUGUUUAGAAUUAAUGCCAUGCAGAGUCUGAUUGCUUGGAAUGCCAUGAUUUCAGGAGCUUUACAUGCAGAAAAACCAGAGGAAGCCUAUUUUCUUUUCCAUAAGAUGAUCGGCUCUGGCAUGCAACCCAACUUUGUUACAGUUAUAACCAUGCUUUCCUUGUGCACUCGUGUUAUGAACUUCGAGCAUGGACGAGAACUACAUUGUUAUAUAACCAAGCAGGGAUUUGAAGACCACCUGGCCCUUGGCAACUCUCUCAUUGGUUACGGAAUGCAGGGGGAAGGAAUCACUUCGUUGAAGCUAUUCCAGCAGAUGAUUAGCAGUGAGAUUGAACCAGACCAUGUAACAAUGGUAGCCAUACUCUCAGCCUGUAGCCACUCGGGACUUGUGACUGAAGGACAGUUGUUGUUCAACCACAUGAUCAGUGUAUAUGGCAUUGCACCUCGAUUGGAACAUUUCUCUUGCAUAGUCGAUUUAUACUGUCGGGCAGGUCUCCUCAAGAAGGCAGAAGAGUUAAUCAAUCAAAUGCCUUUUGAGCCAAGCAUUGCAAUGUUAGCUACCCUUGUUGGUGCUUCUCAGGUUCGUGGGAACAAAGAGAUUGGCCAACGAGCUGUUAAGAAGCUUUUGGAGAUGAAGUGGGGCAAUCCCAGCCACUACAGUUAGUAGUAGUCAUGUUUGCUUCAGCUGCAUGUUGGCUGGAGCUUGGCAACACUAUGGAAAUCGGCAAGGCUCCCAAUUGUUUAUGGUCAUGGCAGUGAAACUAUUGAAUCACUGUCCACAUCAUACUCCUAUAUUACUUUUUGGAUUACUUGAUCACACAUAAUAUCCUGGAUAUACACAUGGAGUGGGGAAUUAGAUUGUUAUCAUGUAACUGGGUGAAAGUAGAUUUUGUGAUAAACCAAAGAACAUGUUUGUGCCUCCUUUAUAGUUUUCUUUUGGGAAAUUCAUGGUUCAUAAUUGCAGUGAUACAUGUGCAUGUGGAUGGAACUGAAAUACCAGAGAACAUGCUGAAUCUGAUGAGAAAUAAAGCCAGCAACCAUGUUGGAUGGACAAGGAUUGAGUUGAGGUACUACAGGUUGAGUGCACUUGCCAGCUUCAAUGGUUAUCAAGGUUUAAAUUGGUAAUAAGAUUAUCUUCUAUGACUUUCUCAUUGUGCAUCAAUAUGGGCUAGUUUGUAGUUUGGACAAAACCAUCUCCUAAGGCUCUGCCCUUGAUGAAUCUCAAGUCUUUGUCAUAGUCAACAUACUUUUGUUUUUCUCUUGCAAUUGUUGUUGUUUUGUUGUAUAGACAAUUGCUUUGGUAUACAAAAGAGAUGAUACAGCCAAACAUGGAGGGCAGUGUUGGAUGGAAGUGUUUGGACAAACAGAAGCAAUACUAACAGGAUUUUAUUGUGACAUUGCAUGAAACUAUGAUCUGUGUUCUCAA